AUGUUCAAUAACUUUAAGCGAAAUAUGCGAAUAUUGAAUAAGGAUAUGGUGGAGACUUCUUGGCUCAAAUGUUUAAUUGAUGAUAUUCCAAAACAAAAACACAUACUUGUACCAAAAAGAAUUAUAAUAGAUUCUCUCAAGAUGUCUUGAUGGAGAAUUUAAUAAUGUAAACUCUUAAGAAGCACUUAAAAAAAUCAUACUUAGAAUGCAGCAUCCACAAAAAACUGUUACUGCUCUUAAGUCUUACUAUUUGGUUCAUGAGCUAAGACAAUUCUUAGUUCCAUAUGUGACAGAUAAAACAAUUGAACUUUCUUAAAAGAGUACUGCUGAUGCUGUUCUAUAAAGUGUUGCAUUUCUCUAUUGUAGUUAUCUUAAGAAUUUCUCUAACAAUUACGAAUAGAUCAAUAUUGUGUAUAAAAUGCAUAGAUAACUUGAAGUUCUCAUUCUUAAGUUAGAUGUGCCUAUAAUAAAAUGCAUUACCAUUAAAUUAAUUAUAGACAUAAUAUUCUUAUAUGAAUCUCUAAAUAAAUAAGAUGAUUAAACAAAAAGGAUAAGAGCCAUUAAAUAAAUUAAAAGAUUUUUGGAGAUUAAAAAAUUGAUUUAACUCCCUGAGGAAUUAUUCUAAAAAAUAAAUACCCUCAAUUUUGAUGAAAUAGAACAGAAAAUUACUUUAUAAAAACAAUCUAUUGUAACUAAUUAAGUAGAAAAUAAACUUAAUGCUCCUAAAAAAGAAGUGUUAAAAUUAGAUAUAAAAUGUAUUAAUCAAAGAAAACUCAGUACAUCUGCAAAUGAUUGGGAAGAUUAAUUGGAUUUUAAAGUUUAAGAAUAACAAUUUCAUAAAAGUUUAUAACCUAGUCCGAAUAGAAGAAGAAUAGCCUCGCAAACUCCUAAUAGAACUACUUCAAUAAGAGAUAAUUUUUUUGUUCCAUCAUAAGGGCCUCUUUCCUUUAUUAUGAUGUCAUGA